AUGUUUAAAAACUGCCAAAUAAUCUGCACACUAAUUCUCUGGAGCGUACGAGAAUUGCAAGCUCAUCCAAAGAACUUGGCUUGGAGCGGAGGUCCAUUGCAUUGUGAGUGUGAACAUGGUGUUGACCUCUGGACAAACGCUGGCAAAUACGUGAAAGACAACGUGAUCGCAAUGAAGGCCGUGUCAUUUAAUGAUGACAUCUACCUCAUAACUCCAAGAUUGAAGCGUGGCGUGCUGGCAACAGUUUGGCUGAUAGUACGGGGCCGUCGGGGGGUGGAGCUAGAGCCGUUCCCGAGUGUGAGCGCCCACGCGCUGGCCGACUGCGACGCGUUGCAGAACGCCGUGGACUGCCACCUUGACCACUUGGGCAACCUUUGGAUUCUCGAUACUGGCAUAGUCGAAACCGUGGAGUCUCCGCGAUGCACCUGUCCACCCAAGAUAGUCGUUUUCAACGUCAUACUAAAGAAGAUGACUAAAGUCGUCAAGCUAAGCUCCAUCGUGGAAGCAACAUCACAGCUACAGAACAUCGCAGUCGAAUACGGUAUUGGAGGAAAAGUCUUUGCAUACAUAUCGGACGCGUCGCGUGGAGCUAUCCUAGUCCACGACGUGACAGCCAACGAUGGUUGGACGGUCUUGGCGUGUCCUCCUACACCUGCAUUGCAGCUGGCAGUCGUCAAACGAGGCCUGUACAGUUCAUUGAUGCUCAUCAGAAUGAAACAAAGGGGCCUCUUGGAACUGGACACUGCCGCCUUAAAAAGGAAGAGUUUCCACGCUCCGCUAGCAGUUUUAGGUGAGAGCGAGGGCCCAGUGUUUCUACUCGGAUACGACGCUCAUCGUUUAUACCUGCGACAUGCAGAGUGCGCAGACGUUCUGUCGUGGGACACUCGCAAGCCGUACAACUCGACCCACGUACUCAACAUCCAUUCGGCCGGACCCCACAUGGUAUCUACCUCGGUGUCGAGCGACCCACUAAAGCACAUCCUCGUGAUACUGGAUUCCAACUACGCAGAGACCGUGCGUGGGAAACGAGCCACCUACCACAAGCUGACGUUUAUCGGACAAAUA